AUGACUACUUACUUUGAAUACGAUGUAAAACUAACAGAUGGGCAAAAGUCAAAAUUGGCUUCUGCAAUAAGAAAUAAAUCACCACUAACUCUUCGGUUAAAACACUCUCAGCUUAGAGGUUCUGAUGAGUUAAUGUUAACAAAAAGACAAAUUUCUAAAAUAAAAAAAUCUAUUGCAAAUGGCACAGGAUCAGAUAUAAAGAUAAGUAAAACACAGAUUAGACGUUCUGUAAAACAUGGAGGAAAUUUAUUUUCAUCACUAGCAUCUCUUGGAGCAAAAGUUCUUCCAUAUGCUAUUAAAGGAGUAUCAAAAGUUGUUCCUGCAUUGGCUACUGGUGCUGCAACCGCACUUGGUGAAAUUGGUUUAAAUAAAAUAUUUGGAAAAGGAAUCACAAUUCCCCCGCAGUUUUUCCCAAUGCUACCACCUCUUGUAAGAGAAUUUACCAAAUCACAAAUAAAUCAAAUUAACAAAGCUUAUCAAACAGGAGGGCGAUUAGUUAUAAAACCAACUCGUAAACAGAUAGAAGGAGGGUUUCUUGGAACUCUUGCAUCUAUUGGAAUCCCAAUGGCAAUUAGUUUAGUAUCUAAAAUGUUUGGAUCUGGACUUCAGGUUGAUAGAAGUGAAUCAUCUAACACAGCAAAUGUAUACGUUCCACAUCCUCCUCCCCCACCAACACAUGGUGAAGGUUAUCCUUAUUACCCACCACCUUUUAUUGGUACAUGGAACAAUCCAAUUGGAAUGGGGGUUAAAAAAAAAAAGACCAAAUCCAAGGGUUCAGGACAGCCCGCAGGGGCGGGACUACUACUAGGAAAAAACAGCCCAUUCAACUCAAUCCCCAUUCUCGGCACCAUUUUGUAAUUAAACCUCUAUCCAACUUUGACCUUNUAAGAGAAUUUACCAAAUCACAAAUAAAUCAAAUUAACAAAGCUUAUCAAACAGGAGGGCGAUUAGUUAUAAAACCAACUCGUAAACAGAUAGAAGGAGGGUUUCUUGGAACUCUUGCAUCUAUUGGAAUCCCAAUGGCAAUUAGUUUAGUAUCUAAAAUGUUUGGAUCUGGACUUCAGGUUGAUAGAAGUGAAUCAUCUAACACAGCAAAUGUAUACGUUCCACAUCCUCCUCCCCCACCAACACAUGGUGAAGGUUAUCCUUAUUACCCACCACCUUUUAUUGGUACAUGGAACAAUCCAAUUGGAAUGGGGGUUAAAAAAAAAAAGACCAAAUCCAAGGGUUCAGGACAGCCCGCAGGGGCGGGACUACUACUAGGAAAAAACAGCCCAUUCAACUCAAUCCCCAUUCUCGGCACCAUUUUGUAAUUAAACCUCUAUCCAACUUUGACCUUAUGGAAUGGGUAAAAAGACUUGGUAUUAAACAUUUUAGAGGAAUAUAUAGUCGCGAUAGACUACCUAAUAAGAUAAAAAAAGAAUGUGGAAUAAUUAAUUUAGAUGAUAUUCAAGGUCCUGGAACACACUGGGUUUGUUAUAGAAAUAUAGAUGGGGGGAGUGCCUCCCCCCAAAACCCCCCUGCUGCUUGGAGUGGUGUGGUUGAGUACUUCGAUCCUUUUGGGUUGAUAAUGCCAAAUGAAGCAUUAAAGUAUUUUCAUACUUCUGGAAAACGUAUAGUUUACUCAACGGAUGAAAUACAAAAUCGUAGUACUGUUCUCUGUGGUUAUUGGUGUUUAUAUUAUCUCUACGAGAGACAGCGGGGUAGUAGUAUUUUAGAUGUAAUACAUAAUCCACAUUUUGAUAAUGACAACAGUGAUUUUAUAAAGGCAUACUUUGGGGGGUAG